AUGCUGCCGACAUCCAUACUGAGAUCCCGCUCUGCGUGGAAGGGCCCCUUCUUUGUCGCAUUUCCCAACCUCGCCGAUGCGCUCAAGAACAACACUGCUAUUCGAACAAACGCACGGAGUUGCACCAUCCUGCCCAACUUUGUCGGGCUCAAAUUUCUCGUGCACAACGGAAAGCACCACAUUCCGCUCACGGUGACAGAAGAGAUGGUUGGACACAAGCUCGGAGAGUUUGCGCCGACCCGAAAGCCUUUCAGAUACAGGCUCACAAAGAACAAGUGA